UUGUCUCUACCACCUUUGCCUACAAGAAUGCCUCCACUGGAGACCUGUGGCGCAUCUGGAGACGACCUCAGGGAAGCCGGUGGCUGACGUGAUGAGCACUUGGACCCAGCAACUUGGCUACCCUGUCAUCACUGUGGAGGCCAAGCAGGAAGGUGGCAAUAGAGUCCUCACUCUAUCUCAGAGAAAAUUCUGUGGAGACGGGAACAUAACAGGAUUUGAGUCCAUGCUAUGGAAGGUGCCCAUCGUCAUAGCAACCAGGGGAAUCCCCAGCUGCGUCGCUGGUGCUGACAGAGCAGUCGACUACCGUGACACUGGAGGGAGUGGGGGAGGGUGA